AACAACAGCAGCAGCAGUCGCUGCUGCCGCGGCAGAAGAGAAAGCAAAAGCCGCCCGAGGGCUCGCAGCCGCCGGCGCGGCAUCCGCGGGGCUGCACGGCCAUGGCCCGGGAGAACGGGGACGGCGGCGGCUCCUGGAAGAAGCAGGCGGAGGACAUCAAGAAGAUCUUCGAGUUCAAGGAGACGCUGGGGACGGGUGCAUUCUCCGAAGUUGUUUUGGCUGAAGAGAGAGCAAGUGGGAAACUCUUUGCAGUCAAGUGCAUUCCCAAGAAGGCACUGAAGGGAAAGGAAAGCAGCAUAGAGAAUGAAAUUGCAGUGCUCAGAAAGAUCAAGCAUGAAAACAUAGUUGCCCUGGAAGACAUCUAUGAGAGCCCGAACCAUUUAUAUCUGGUCAUGCAGUUAGUGUCCGGGGGAGAGCUGUUUGACCGCAUCGUCGAGAAAGGGUUCUACACGGAGAAGGAUGCCAGCACCCUGAUCCGGCAGGUCCUGGAUGCUGUGUACUACCUGCACCGGAUGGGCAUCGUGCACAGGGACCUCAAGCCUGAGAACCUGCUUUACUACAGCCAGGAUGAAGAGUCAAAAAUCAUGAUCAGCGACUUUGGAUUGUCAAAGAUGGAGGGUAAAGGAGAUGUGAUGUCCACAGCCUGUGGAACUCCUGGCUAUGUUGCUCCUGAAGUACUGGCCCAGAAACCCUACAGCAAAGCUGUGGACUGCUGGUCCAUCGGGGUCAUUGCCUACAUCCUCCUCUGUGGAUAUCCUCCUUUCUAUGAUGAAAAUGACUCCAAACUCUUUGAGCAGAUCCUUAAGGCAGAGUAUGAGUUUGACUCUCCAUAUUGGGAUGACAUCUCUGAGUCUGCUAAAGACUUCAUUCGCAAUUUGAUGGAGAAGGACCCUAAUAAAAGAUACACCUGUGAGCAAGCAGCACGGCACCCUUGGAUUGCUGGUGAUACAGCACUCAACAAAAACAUCCACGAGUCGGUCAGCGCUCAGAUCCGGAAGAACUUUGCAAAAAGCAAAUGGAGACAAGCGUUUAACGCCACAGCAGUCGUGCGGCACAUGAGGCGGCUACACCUCGGCAGCAGCCUGGACAGUGCCAGCGCCGGCGUGUCCAGCACCCUCAGCCUCGCCACACCGAUCCCUGAGGCAGCCACACGGAAAGAUUCUUUGAUUGUUGAUUUUUACCUCCAGAGUCACAGAGGCCAUCUCUGAUGCCAACAGCAGUGCUCUUGCUGGGAAAACAAAACAAAACAAAAAAAUCCAGAAAAGCUCCAGCUGGCCCCUUAGCCUGCAGAAGACAUUGUGAGGACAGGCUACCCGUGAACUCUGCGAGCUGAAAGUCAGUAUUGCAGUGGCAGGGGCUUCUGCUGAUGAUUUUGCAUGUGACUUCAUUCCCAGUGCAUCCUAACUCUCUGCUGGAUCACCCCUUCUGCAGCACAAAAUGGAUUUUGGCCCUGCAGCAUGGCUAACGGGGAAGUAAAAGUAUGGGGAAAACCUGGCAGGGUUGGUUUCUUGAGACUGUGUUACUAUGCUGCUGAUGUCUCUUCUGUCCUGGUUGCUGUUGUACAGGUGCCAUUAGAGUAGUGGGUACAGAAAAAAAAAAAAAGUAGGAUUUUACCUAUGCCUUGUGUGUGUCUGUUAUGGUUGUGGUGCCGAAAUAAAACCAAGCAAUGGUACAGGUUCGUUCCUGAUGUGAAUCAAACCACAAAAAGAGGUGUCAGCCCACUGGUAGACAUCUCCAUGUAGUUCUGCAGUAGGUAUUGGAUAGGGGUUUCCACUGUGCAUGUGUCCUGUGUACCUCCAUGGCUAUUGGCAGUAUUUCUUCUUGGCCCCUGCCUGGCCCUGAGGGAGUUUGGGUCUUGUCCAAAGGUUUUUUUCUGCCCCAGGAACCAAUGUGACCCCUGAUUUUAGCCUUUUCUCCCCAAACCCUCUGCCAAUCAGAACAUGGGCCUCCAGGAUGCCCACGAAAUGCAGUGGCAGCUGGCCCUGAGACUGUCCCUUUCCUAUUUUUAAGGAAACAAACCCCCAGGGAAAACCAGAUACCUUUCAGCCAUUGGCAAGCAGAGAGAAUAUUGUUCUUUGAUGUGAACUUGGCACUAACUAGUUCUGCUCUAGGGAAACCUGUGGUAUUACUUCAUCCUGUGAUAACAGCUCCAGCCCUGAGCAGCACUGGAUGAGCACAACAUAAAAACACCAGAUUGACUUUGCCAAUAAGAUCAUGCAGGCUGUAACCUGUUCCUUUUGCUCUUUCCAAAGAAUUAGGAGAUUCAUCUACUGGCAAAAUAAGAGUUUCUAGGCUGAGCCCCAAGGUACGGAAACAGCUUCCAUUCAUCAUAUGGAAAUUCUCAUUUGAUGCAAUUACUUGCAUUCUUGAUCCCAUGCAUAUUUACCCAUUUGAACUGGGGCCUGAAUGCAUCCCAGAAACUAGGGACUAUUCACGGGAAGGCAGUUUUGCCUUUGUUGUCAUGCUUAUUUACACCAGAAACUUGAUGCUGAGUUACUCUCAUCCAAGCAAAAAGCAGAAGCACACAUGGAGACUACGGUGUCCAAGGAAAACAGCAUCAAGACCGAGAGCGGGGGAUUAGUUGGCAAAUCACUGUCAGCAAAGGCUGAGUGAGGAAACAGCAACCUGCUCACAAAUGCUGCACGAACAGAGUUUCCCCUGGUAAAUCAGUCAUCCCAUAUUUCGUGCCCAGCAACAAGGUUUGCACAAUCCCUUUUGUUUUCCCUCAAAUCCCUGCAGCUGGGUCCUGCCUUUCCAUCCUGUCUACCAGGGUGGUCUGGUCUCUGUGACACGCGUGUGUGCACGUGUACGUGUGUGUGUGUAUGUGCAUUGUGGCCCCGGGAGUCACAGGUCCCAGCAGUGGGAGAUCACAAGCUGGUUCAGGUCUUUUGGUCUGACUUUGCACAGUUGGGUCAAAGCUGUGUAAAUAGUGCUCGUAAUAGAGGACAGAGGCUCUUUAGCCCAGACUCUGGUUUUCAAGACCCCCUUCCCCACCAUGAACCAUGCCACUUACCUGUCCAGGUAGCUUUUUUUUCCUCCUCUUCAUAAACGCUAAGGUCAGAAGAACAGCUCUUACAGUUUUUCCAUACUCCAGAGUGGCAUCAGGGCAUGUACGCUCACAAGUGUUGUGAAAAAACACUGCUGAAAUAAUGAUGACAUCAACUGUCCAAUAAAUGCAUGAUACUGCACUGCAUGUAUUAAACUGCUGUUCACUGUUUCUGUAUUUCCCAAGCCUUUUCUUCAUGCACAUUCAACCCAACCUUUUCUCUGAGGGGAUUACUUCUGUGUUUUGCUUUUAAAUUACUCAAUGUAUCUGUAACUCGAAAUCCAUCAUUGAGUUUGAGUAAAUGCAAAAGCUGAUGUUUUGUAAACAAGAUACUGCAAAGCCUGGUAAUGUGUUUUGUCUUUCUGUUGAAUGCUCUGCAGCAUGUACAGGAAGAGUCACCAUCCAGAUCAGCUUAAAAUUAUGCAGCAGUCACAUACACAUGUCUAGAAACAGGGAGCUGAGGAGGUGAGAACCCCAUUUUUAACACAACACUUAAAAAUUUGAUCUGCAUCAGAAAUUCUUUCCCUGGGUCAAAAACACCCAGGGCUACCAAGAAACAUGUUGGUGUGUCUCUUUGUUUUUUCUUUUUUUAUUUUGGAUUGUUUUUCCUAAUGAAAAUUUAGACUGGUUCACUUAAUUCUUAGUACUUUUCUCUUCCUACAAGAUAUUGCUUUCUCACCUCUUGCAGAAUGAACUGCAUUUUGGGGACCAAGAUGCUGUGAUUCUUUGCCUGCACAAAAUAGAACAGAGAGCUGAGCUAAACUAUCCCAUCCUUUCCAGAGCAUCACCACCUUAAUCCUCGAACAUCCAAAUAGUACCACCAUUUAUCCAUGGAAGAGUUUGGUGUAGUACUUCGCCUUCUUCCACAUGCAAACUAUGCCCUUGCCUUUUCUUCCCUUAAUCAUUAACACAUUUUCAUUUGUGCUAGUCUUUCCAAGGCAGGGUAUAGGAUGGAUCCAUGGUGCUUGCAUUAGCUCCAGCCCAAACCUCCUGUGGGCAUCAGCAGGGCAUUGGUCCCAGGUCCUGAGUGGUUGCUGUGUCAAAGAUGCUGAAGUUCUCAACACUCAAAGAUGAACCAUCUGAAAGGACUGGGAAGUUGCUCUGGGUUCCUGGCAAGGGCGUGCCAAGGAGCAGGGCUGGAGAGCAGGCACCAUGGGGGUGGCACCGUCCUUGGAAAUUAUGCAAGGGACUGCUCCAUGGUGGCCAAAAGCACCAAGAAGUCUUGAGCCCACCUUAAGGCUGGUGCUUAGCUAGGAUGCUGUGCCAUCGCUGAAGCACUAUAUGGCAGCACAAAAAAAUCAUCGUUAAUAAUGUUUGUAAAUUAACGUGAAUUCAGAUUGCUGAGGCAGCACCUGGUGCAAGGCUCCGUGAGGAGGUGGAUUGUGUGCUGUGGUGGGUGGGAACUCCUAGGGGGUUGCUCAGAGCAGCUCUGAGCUUUUCCAUCUCUUAUCUUGCAUCCCCUGAGCCCAGUGUGGCAUCACACAUGCUAUAUCUUACUAGAUCGAGCUGUAGCAUGAUCCCCAAAGUGAAGAGUGUGGAAGGGUUGCAGCUUAGUCAGAGAUAAUGGUGCAACUCAUGUUUCUGGUCACCCCAACAUCAGUGACCUGCUGUACAUUGGCCUCUAGUUGAGAAACAACAUUUUGUUCCAUUUGGGCCUUUUUUUAAGAUAGGUCUUUUAUUUGAGUCAGCAAACAAUAAAAAAAAACCUAGUCUGCCAAGAAUAGUGACUCCCCAAAUACACCCAACUGCAAAAUAUCCCUCGGUUGACUUCUAAUGAAAAUGCAAGCAUGUUUUCUACAAAGGCUUAAAUCUUAAUCAAGGAAUGUCAGUGUGCCUAAUAUUGCAGGUCUUGUGAUUGAUACAAGUUCAUAACAGCAUCUAUGUCCAAAAAGAAGGGAGAAUGUGUAUUUACUCCAUGCAUGUAUUAAGGCAUCGCAAAAGUUUUAUCUGCAUAAUGAGUUUGCAGUACUGCAAAUUGUUAAUGGGGCUACAUCGCAAGUGGUUCUCUGCCUUGACAAUCAUGUAUACAUAUCGAGAUUUCUAUCAUAAUGACAAUUUAAAGGGAUGACUAAUUGUUUUCCUCCAAUAAACCCAAUUAAAUCA